CAUUUCUUCAGAUAUGACUAUUUCCUGCUUCUAGUCUUUGUCUUGCCUUCUCUAUGAACAGAUUUUUUGGGGCACUGUGUUUUUUGGCGUGUGCUUUGGUCAGUGAAAGCAUCUGGAUUUUUGGGCCGGUGUGUUAAUGAACCCCCAAGCCCUCCCAAACCAUUACUUCAGUGUUUACAACGCAGUGCAGGCUGCGUGCUGGCCACAACUUGGACAGGAAAAGUCCAAGAGAAACCCAGGAUACUGCAAUUCACUGAGCUGGGUAUUUCAGCAAACUGUGACUCUUCUGCAUAGCCCUUGUACCAGCUGGAGCUACAGAGUGAUCUUUCUGAAGCACUGCAACAGCUCACUCAUUUCAGCACAAAACAAUGUCGCCUGCUCCUCAUGGCGGGGCAGGUGAAUGAGCGUAGGGAAAGAAAAACUCCCCCAGAGCAGCCCUCUUAUCCUGUUGCCAUAGCAGCUGUGGCCACAGCAGCAGGGGAGGUUUCUGCAGAACAGCACUAGGUCUUUCCACUCCAGAACUGUAGGCCUGUCAGACUCUGCCUCAACUCUCCCACACCAGUGUCCCGGCUCCCUGCCUGGGAAGCAUGAAUACAGCCGAGGGCUCUCAGCCUCAUUGCCUGCCUCUCCCAGGAUUUUGACUUCCAAGAUACUUUCUUAAAAACUGUUGUUGACCCCCCUUUUACAUGAAUGGAGUGGCCAGCAGCUGCUGCCCUGCUGUGUGAUUAUAAGUGUCAUGAGGAAACCUUGAGCAAUUUGGAAAAGGUUCUUCCUGCAAAUUCUGUUUGUGGUGGUCAGCAACUGUGUCUGACAACAGACUGCAUGUUACCUGACAGUUAUAAACAAAGAUAUGAAGGAAGACAACAGUGUCAACAAUCCUGUUGUUUAUUGCCUUUUAUCUGGAAUGGUGCAGACAACAACAGAAUUAGGAAGGCAUGCGCAUGCAGGCCUCACCAUGCGAAGGAUCCUCAGCAAAACUCCAAACCACACAAUGAAAAUUCACUUGGCUCCAUGUUGCAUGGGAAAGCUGAAUCACAGGGAAUAAACUGGAGAAGAGAAAGUCCUUCCAGAGCUCUACCUGCUGUGAUUCUGGUUGAGGUUCCUCUUCACCCAUUGAACAAGAAAGCUACUUCAGGAAGGAAACCAAAACAUGGCACCAGAAGAGAUGACUGCAUCAGUUUUUGCCUCAUUGGCAUGACAUUUCUUUGUUGUAUGUCACUUAUGGGCGAGGAUUUUACUGAAUCAGGAGUCCCACUGCAAUCUAUGGGGACAUGAAACAGACAAUAAUUGAAUUUUCUGAUAAAACUCCCAGUUAAAAUAAUUGGAAAGAACUCUGUGGAUCUUCAGAACCUGUUGCCCAAAAUCACAAUGAAAAUACAUCCAAGGAAAGACCUCAGAUUUCCUGCUUUCUUCACAAGGUGCCUUAUCUUGAGCUUUUAUUUCCUUUGUAGUAGUCAGGAACCUAUGUUGUAUUCCUGCUUACAUGUGAAUUUCAAUUAACAGAAUAAGAAGGUCCAGUAUCA